ACAAAGCUCUGCUUUCAGUAGAAGCCAGAACGCCAUGGAGGAAACAUCCGAAAAAGUUCCUUUUGAGGCUUACAGUAGCUUGAAGCCCAGAGGGUUUGUGCGUGUGAAGACGACGGCGGUCGUAGCCUUCAUCGCCGGCGCCGUUCUGCUGCUCUUUGGAGGCAUUGGAGCUUUUUGCUUGUGGAAAGUCAGCGAGAAAGAAGUAAGUGUCUCAGACCAGACAGAGGCUGACGCUGCGGCGGUGAAAUCUGACGUGGGGUCUCUGGUCUGGAUCGCGUCUGAAGAACCACUGAAGGACGUCAGUUUUCUGAGCCCUGAAAUACUGAGAUUCUGUGGAGACCUUCCCAUUUACUGGCAUCAUCCUGCAAACUCCAGAGCAUUGAGGAAGAGGAGAAGUGUGACGCGACUGAGACGGCAGAGUACAGGUGGAUUAAAUCGACAACAGGCGAGACGUCGAAACUCCACGAGUUCAGCCAGAGAAGAUGAGCGGCCGACGGGGCCCGAUUAUAACCCUGAAAACCCUUAUCAUCGGAAUCAGGAGGGUUCAGAGGGGCACAUGGUGUUCGAUCCCAUGCUGGACCAUCGUGGCAUUUGCUGCACAGAAUGUCAUCGCAGUUACACCCAUUGCGAGCGGGUUUGUGAGCCUCACGGGGGCUACUGGCCGUGGCCUUACAACUACCACGGCUGUCGGCCGGUUUGCAGGGUCAUCAUGCCUUGCCGCUGGUGGGCGGCUCGCGUGCUGGGUCUUGUGUAAGCUCUCGUGUCUCUGCUGGUCACCAGCUGAAGGCACAGUAGAUUUGCCCUUAAGGUCCAACUGAAGUAUAAUGAGGCCUUUUCAACAAAAGUAAACCUCCAAUGUAAAUGGAAGAAAAGUCAGACAUGGAUAUACACAAACUUUAACCUAGCAAUAGUUGAAAAAUAUAGCUUUGAAUAACAGGCACGUGUUUUUAGGACUAUUAAAAUAUGCUUUUUGAAUUGUACACACUUGAAUGUGCAGUGUUUUAUUUCUGAGCCACUAGAGGAACCAAGCAAAACUGCGAUUGGAAAUCCAGUGGAAGAGGUUUGAUUAUUUUUGCAAUUUCUGUUUGGUCGCAAGCGGCAAAGGAAAACAACAGCUUUACAUGCAAAUAAAUAUUAAAAUGCAAACUGUAUAAUACAUGCAGUAAAAUAUAUUUUGAGACAUGCAUUGAUUCAAGUUCAAAAUCAUAGCUGACGGA